AUGAUAUAAUAGAUUAAAUAAUAUUAUAAUUUGGAAAAUUUUAAAAGCUCUUCACUUUUAUCUCAUUAGGUUCUCCAUAUUAAUUUGAGAAAUUAUAAAAUUGGUGCUUUUGGUGCAUCAGGCUUAUGUUCUGCUUUAGCAAAUUGCAUUAAUAUCUCAAAUUUGACACUUGACCUUAGUGAAAAUUAAAUUGGUGAUGAACGUACAUCAGGCCUAGGUUCUGCUUUAGCAAAUUGCAUUAAUCUCUCAAAUUUGAAACUUAACCUCGGUAACAAUUAAAUUGGUGAUGAAGGUACAUCAGGCUUAGGUUCUGCUUUAGCAAAUUGCAUUAAUCUCUCAAAUUUGACACUUGACCUCAGUGACAAUUAAAUUGGUGAUGAAGGUGCAUCAGGCUUAGGUUCUGCUUUAGCAAAUUGCAUUAAUAUCUCAAAUUUGACACUUAACCUCGACUAAAAUUAAAUUGGGGAUUAUGGAGCUUCUGCUAUCAUUAAAGCACUUAGUAACUUCAAAUUCCUAACUAAUCUUGAUUUUUAGAUUUGGGGAAAUAAAAUCGGUGAUAAAGGGACAAAAAAUAUUGGAUUAGGGCUAAGUAACUUAACUCAACUUACAAAUUUAGAAUUUAGGAUAUGCUAAAAUUAAAUUGGGGAUGAUGGGGCUUCUAACAUUGGUACAGCACUUGGUAACUGCAAAUUCCUUACUAAUCUUACUUUUGACAUUAGUUAAAAUUAAAUUUGUGAUGUAGGAGCUUCUACUAUAGAUACAACACUUGGUAACUACAAAUUUCUUACAAACCUUAAUUUUUAGAUUUGGGGAAAAAUCGAUGAUACAGGAAUAUAAAAUAUUGCAUUUGGUUUGAGUAAAUGCUCUUAGCUUACAGAAUUAGAAAUUGGAAUAAAAAAUUAUGAGAAAUUUCUAAAAUCCGGUGAAAUAAUCAACUGUAAAAAUAUAAAGGUAUUGAAUCUUGCUAUAAUAAAUUUUGCAAAAGAAAGAUAAACAGAAUUAAAAAGAUUAGCUUAAAAAAUAAAAAGAUUAGUUAAAUUAAAUGUUGUUUGA